CAUCGACUCUCCGGCCGGAGUCGGCCUCUCGCAGUCUGGUGUCGUAGACGUAAAAGGGCAGCGAUUCUACUCGGCGAGCAGGACCUGCCCAACUCCCCAGCACUACUGCUGCGCAAAACGCCAUGGUCCGCGCAUUCCUAUGCCCCCUCAUCAUCAUGGGGGCAGCAGCAGACAAGCCGCGCGUCGCCGUCGUCACGUCCGGAAGCUUGCGCACGUUCCUCAAUUGCAACGCGUCGUUCUUCCGGCGCGUCGUCCAGCCGAACCCGGGCUUCGUCUUCGACUUCUACUACUUCGCGGUCGCCGACGGCUCCGACGCCGCGGCCGCGCGCGCGCUGCGCCGGCCGGGCCGCCAUCCGGGGCUAAGGCGGCUCGAGCUAGAGCCCUACAAGGAGGCGCUGGCCGGGCUUGAGAGCGACCUGCCUCGGCUCAAGGACCUGCCCGCGGGCGACGGCACGGCGCGGGGCAAGGCCACGAACGUCGCUUUGAUGUUCCGGUCGAUCGCCAAGGCCGAUGCAUUGCGACGGAACGAUGCCAGAGGACAUGCCCUAGUCAUCCGGACGCGGCCAGACUUACGCUGGUGCUCGGACCUAAAUCUCACUGCAGCUUUACAACUGGCCCACGGCAAGACCGUGCUAGUGCCCUUCGCCGAGGACAAUCUUGUAUUUGACCAAGUCGCUGUCGCGGCGCCGCGCGCCAUGGAAGCGUAUGCAAACGCCUACGCGACGUUCCGGGAUGAAGUGGAAAGGCACCCGGCGCGCUCACUGUAUCCGGAACGGGAGAUGUGGCGGCACUUCCGGAGCGCCAAGCUCCGGCCGCUGACGAUGCGGCGGUUCCGCGGUGUCCUUGUGAGAUCGGGUGGCCGCGCCGAGGACUCCUUCUCUAAAUUACGACGGGACCACGGCGCGCUCGGCGCCGUGGCGAUGCCCGAGCGCGUCCGCGUCUGCGACGAAUAGUAAGUGUUACUCGUGACCCAGACUUCGGAGGGUGUGCACCGCGAGCUAGAGCUCGCGGUGUGUCGCGAAAGGGAGUGUGUUCUGUGAGUAGCUCGCGGUGUGAAAGGGGGAGGGGGCAGGGGGAGGCGAAUUUGUGCGUAGGAUAGGGCGCC